GAUAGCUGGGCAAAAUGUCACUGUCGCUGUUAGUGAAUAUUAGCCCAUCUUCAAGUGUUCCAAUUUUAGGGCAUCUGGAACUAGGUGCCCGUCACCGUGAAGAAAAUAGUGAGGAUGGUUCAUCCAGCGCUGGACUGGCCGAGGGCGGAUUACCAGAACAAAAUGAGUUAACUUCUCGUGAAAUCCGUAUUUCUCUUAACAACCACGACGAUGUUUACAGCCAAAUUUGGCAGGCGAUUCAGCAAGAUCCAUCGCUGGGUGUGACAGAGCUCAAAAUUCUUCCCAAUGAAAUUGUUUCCAAAAGUGGUAGAGCUUGGGUACGAAAUGGUGGCAAACUGAGCUACGACUGCAAGUGGUUGACGAACGAUAAAGGAUGCCGGAAGUGCGAGCCCAAAAUAUUUUUGAACUCUCCAAGACAAGCAUCGUCCAAUCGACGUCGAAUUUUCCAAGGUUUUCACGAGUACGACAUUCCAGUAGCCAUCGAAAGAACAGAAAUGACGGCCGAUUUGAUCACUGAAAUAGAACGUGAAUUUCGCAUUCUACGCGAAUUGGAUAGUCACGAAAACUUUAUUCGCUAUUUCAGCUAUGAAACGGAUGAAAGAAACGAUUUCGUGUAUAUUGCGACCGAGCUGUGCUUGUGCUCUAUUGCUGAUAUCUUUGAACAAAAAUCCGUAAAUGUUCCGUUGAAAACAGCCAUUUUAUCAUCGCUAACGGCCAAAGGAAUCUUGUUCCAGGCAACCAGAGGACUUGCCUACCUUCAUCAAAAUCAUUUUGUCCAUCGUAACGUAAAGCCGAGCAGUUUCCUUGUGAAGGAAGUACAGUCGGGCAGUGGCUCGGUUCGUUACGCAAUCAAAAUAACAGAUUUCCGGUUGAGCAGAAUGCUUGAUCCUGAUAAGGACUUGUCUGGAACUGUGGCAUCGGAAGGGUGGGAAUCCCCGGAGAGCCGACGCAAGAAUCAGCCACUUCAUCAGUCCUUGGAUGUGUUUAUUCUCGGUUGUUUCUAUUACUACAUCUUGGCUGGAACAGACGAUGUGGAUGCCACGCCAUCUCAUCCGUUUGGUAAUAGUGAAGGCGCACGCCUCAUGAACAUUCCCAAUUCGAAAUACUUUGUGUACAAAGAAAAAUGGCAGCCAUCAGGACUACCGAAUGAAACUGCGAUAGCUUUGAUCAAGCAAAUGAUCCAGUUCGAUGAAAAACAGCGGCCAAGCCUAUCGCAAGUACUCGAUCAUGAAUAUUUCCGGCCACCAAUCAAGGAACACUAUCCGAUAUACGAUUCUAAUAAGCCAGGCCUUUGCGUUAUUUUUAACCAGGAAUAUUUCUCCACGCUUCCACAUCGGGCUGGAAGCGAGCAUGAUUGGAAAAGCUUAAAACGCAUUUUCUUGAAAUUGGGUUUUGAUGUUGACGUUCAUCACGAUUUAAUGUCGUACGAUAUCAAAGGCGAGAUGACAAAACUGGCAGCUAGAAAUUUCUCGCAAUAUGGCUGCCUAGUUGUUUGCCUCUUGUCCCACGGCAUAGAGAACGCUAUUGCCGGCUUUGACGGGCAUUAUGUCAACACUAACAAGCUCAAGUACAAGUUUUCUUAUAACUUUUGUCCUAGCCUGUACGGCAAACCGAAAAUUUUCAUCGUACAAGCUUGCCAAGGAGAUCUGGAACAGAGUCAAACACAGGUCGUACCACUAACCUUCCCAGGAUCAGACAGCGCCGAAGGAAACAAAGAAUCGACCGUGCAGCUGAGUCCUGCAUCCGCUGCUAUCAAAUACAUGUCCAAUUGCUUUAAAUCCUUCAACGUCAAAGAACACAAGCUCAAUCGGAAUCCACCUAUCAUGGAUUUUAUGACCAUUAAAUCAACUAUUCCGGGAUUCGUUUCCUUAAGGAAUGCCUGUACAGGAACCUAUUUCAUUCAAGCCUUGUGUCAGAAAAUGGAAGAAGAGUAUUUAAUCAGUGCGUGUGAUGGCUUGUUGCCGGAUGACAAGAACAUUCGGGACCUGGAGGGGAUUUUGAGAGGAGAGAACGGUGUUCAGUCCACCAUGAACAACAAGAUACAGAACAAAGAAUAUAGGCAAACGAUUUCGUGCGAAACCUACCUCAGGAAAUACAUCGUGUUCAGGCGCAGCAACCAGAUAGUCUUUACUGAUGACGAUGCAAAAGAUAACGACAGUGAAUCCAGCAAUCGCCGACUCGCAGAACGAAACAAUUUCUUCGUUAACAAUAGCGCUCGGUAGAGGAAUCCGCUUGAAAUUCAAGUUUAACUAUUCUUGUCAUUGAAAAGUAAAUUUUAUCCAAAUAUGUAGUGACACUAUUGUUUAACAUCAACAUUCUAGGAGAAA